UAACAUGCAGCUGUGAGAAGGCUUUUCCCAGGCAGCCAACUGGUUUUAUCAUUUUAUUUCACAGAAGAGUAUAAUGGACUUGACACCAGCUGUGUUUCUAAGGCUGUGUAGCGAGAGUCUCCCUGAAAAUAGGCAUAUUUCCAUUUUCUGGGGAAACCCUUUUCUUGGAAGAAAACCAUAUUUCUAAAUCAACUUUAUUUUUUCUCUGCUAUCCCACAAGUUGGAUGUUUUUUCCUAAGAAUCUUGCCUCAAGAACUUCUGGUCCCUAUAGUUUUUUGUUUCUAGAGCCUCUGUUUCCUAGAUGAGGUGUUUCUCUCAACACAGCUGCCCUCCCCCCAGAAUUGAAGGGAUACUUACUACCAAAGUUACUUUUCUGUCAUCAAAAUGUCUAAUAUUAAUUUGCCAGACUUCUUUCCUUUUUUUGGAGUUCUUCCAAACACUUUAUUGGUCUUUGUUAGAAAUACUACUUGGUUUUAAAAUUACAAGUAAGCAAAAUUAGUGUUUCUAGCCGAAGCACCAAAUUAAUGUUAAGUUGCCAGAUUUCUCAUAUUUAAUUGUACUCAGGGAAAAUAAACAUAUUCUUGAAUACUUGAUAGAUUGCCUGUCCAGACCUUAGUUUUAUGUAAUUUAAGGGAGAAACAGGGACCUUUAAUUCCACUGAUGCUCGAGACCUCACCAGGCAACUCCUUGCUUUCUGCAGCUACACCCCCCGAUUCGUGCUUAUAUCCAUCCCAUCACAGACACACUUAUUAGGUGCAUUCCAGGAUUAAUUUAAUCCCCUGGUAGCUGAUAAAUUUAGUUUACCCUACGAGAAACAAUUCCCUUAUUUAAUGUGUGAGUUGCGUUGUGAAUGGUUUGUCCCCAGGGUACAGAGCAGUUAUGCUGCAGACUUUGCCACAGCUUCGAAUCCUAGAUUGCAAGAACAUCUUUGGUGAGCCCGUCAAUCUGUCAGAAAUGAAUUCGUCACAUCUGCAGUGUUUUGAAGGUCUUCUGGAUAAUUUAGUUUCUUCUGAUUCUCCCCUAAAUAUAAGUGAAGAUGAGGUCGUCCACAGUGUACCGCUGGUGACACCGCCCAUCGAUGACACGGCUCCCGUGGACCAGUUUGCAAGCACACCCGCGGAUACUGGUUUGACCUUCAUGGCUGGGUGUCCAUCUUCUCAGCCAGAGAAUGUGAAUCAUGAAAAUGAUUUUCAGAAUGAGAUGAAACUUCAGAAAUUAGAUGAUCAAUUUUUACAGCUUCUCAAUGAAACUUCUAGUUCUUUAAUAGAUAAUGUUCCCGAGAAAGACCUCAGGCCGAAAAGAGACACAGAUGUGACUUCUGAAAGUGACUGGGGAAACAGAAAAGAGUGUAAUAGAAAAAUUCCUCGGAGGUCCAGAAUCCCCUAUUAUUCCAAAACUAUUCAGACUAUUAAGCACCACAGUAAGAACAGCCACCCUUUCAUAAGCUGUACUCGUAAAAUGAAACAACCUUUCUUCAAAGACUUAUAUGUAAGGUCAUCUUUGGCGAACUGUAAUAUAUCAGAAGAAUCAGAAGGGCCAAAGACGGAGCUAAUCAAAGUAGACAACAGCAGCUUGGAAGACAACACUUACCGGAUACUUGUUGAACAGCUAGACCAGGAGAGAGAGAAGAGAUGGAAAGCUGAACAAGCUGAAAAGAAGCUUUUGGACUAUAUUGACGAGCUGCGUAAACAAGUGUAUGAAAAGAAAGACAGCCAGUGCCUGGCCCUGCUGGCCACAGACAGGCUAAAGGAAAUCAUUUUUAAGGAGAGAAAUUCCAAAGUUCAACUCGAAAUUAUGGUUCACAAACUUCAAAAUGAAAUUAAAAAACUCACUAUUGAAUUAAUUAAAGCAAGAGAGCAACAGGAGGACCACAUCAGACACCUAAGAACCCUGGAGAGAUCCCUGGAGAAAAUGGAGAGGCAGAAGGCACAGCAGCAGGCGGCCCAGAUGCGGCUAAUCCAAGAGGUGGAGCUGAAAGCUGCAGCUGCUGACAGCGAAAUAAACUUGCUCAGGACCUCGCUUCAGCAGGAGAAGGAGCAGGUGCAGCAGCUUCAUGAACUGCUGGCCCUGAAAGAACAGGAACACAGGAAAGAACUUGAAACAAGAGAGUUUUUUAGUGAUGCUGAGUUCCAGGAAGCCUUAGCCAAAGAGGUAGCGAAGGAAGAGACGAAGCACGAGCAAGAGAUAAAACAGUACCAGGAAAAAAUCGACACAUUGAACCAGCAGUACCUGGACUUAGAAAACGAAUUUCGAAUUGCGUUAACUGUGGAAGCCAGGAGAUUUAAAGAUGUUAAAGAAGGUUUUGAAAAUAUUGCCACUGAGUUGGCAAAGAGCAAGCACGCUCUCGUUUGGGCUCAACGAAAAGAAAACGAAUCUUCCUCUUUAAUUAAAGAUCUGUCCUGUAUGGUGAAGGAACAAAAAACAAAGCUGGCGGAAGUCUCCAAAUUGAAACAGGAAACAGCCGCAAAUUUACAGAAUCAAAUGAACACCCUUGAAAUUCUGAUUGAAGACGACAAGCAGAAGAGCAUUCAGAUAGAGCUGCUCAAGCAUGAAAAAGUCCAGCUUAUAUCCGAGCUGUCGGCCAAGGAAUCACUCAUUUACGGUUUAAGGACAGAACGAAAAGUAUGGGGACAUGAGCUGGCACAACAGGGAUCUUGUCUAGCCAAAAAUCGUGGUAAACUAGAGGCUGAAAUUGAAAAUUUACGUAAAGAGAACGAAUGUCUGCGAAAGGCCAACGAGCGUGACAACGAUGCAUUAAAAAUUAAGUGCAAAAUCAUAGAAGACCAGACAGAAACCAUCAGAAAACUAAAAGUUUGUUCACAGGAAAGAGAGGAACAAAUCAAAACAUUACAGGAAAAGAUCACUGAGAUACAGAAAUGUGCUCAGGAACAACUUGACGAGAAAUCCUCGCAACUGGAUAACAUAAUUGACAAACUAGAAAGACACAAUGAAAGGAAAGAAAAGCUAAAGCAGCAGUUGCAAGUAAAGGAAUUAGAACUUGAAGAAAUCAGAAAAGCUUACAGUACACUUAAUCAGAAGUGGCAUGAUAAAGGAGAACUUCUAUGUAAUCUUGAAAUGCAAGUAAAAGAAGUGAAAGAAAAAUUUGAAAACAAGGAAAGGAAACUUAAAGCGGAAAGAGACAAAAAUAUUGAACUACAAAAAUACGUGGCUUUUGCUUUGUUUCUAAGGGAUGCGAUGGAAAAGCUUCAUAGUAUGGAUGAUGCCUUUAAAAAACAAAUUGAUGCAAUUGUUCAAGCUCAUCAAGCUGAAAUAAUGCAACUGGCAAGUGAAAAGCAGAAAUACAUUGAUUCUGCAAAUUUAAAGGUUUAUCAAGUUGAAGAAGAAAUGCGUGGACUUCUGCAAGAAACAUGUAAGAACAAAAAAGCAAUGGAAACAAAAAUUAAGCAGCUUGCUUUUGCUCUAAAUGAAAUUCAGCAAGAUAUGUGAGAGUUCUGAGAACAAAUUUAAUUGAAAUGGACCAGCAGACCUAUUGUAAAAAUGAUUAAAUAUUGUAAUAGUAGUAACUGCUACGACUUUGAAAUGUCUCUUUGUACACAUUUCAUUCUAAUUAUAUUUAAAACUUUUGAUAAAGUAUUGUAUAUGUAGGUUUUUAUAAUAAAUUGUUGAUAUUUAUGUGUAUUAGAAAAACCUAUCAAAAUAACUAGACUUAAGACACUUUUUCUUGUUUCUGUGCUAUAUACAUUGUUUGGUAAUUACACAUUUGCCUAUGAAUAUGUGAAUGAAAAUUAGGAUUAGCAUUUGACUAUAGUGGGGAAAGUAUUUUAAUGAUUGUUAUUGUCUUGAUGAAGAACUAAUUAUAUUUAUUGGUUGUCCUUUA